ACAAAGAGAGAUCAUAUAUGGAAACCGUUGGCGCGAUCAUAUAUUGAUUACUGCUUCUGUUCUCUGCUAUUGAUUUUAUUGAAGAUGUGCCCUUUAUCGCGAUCGAUCGGCUGUUAUAUAUAAAUCUGCUUCAGAAAAUAUAAUUUUAUUGAAGUUUUGCCUUUAUUAUGAUUUCUCCUGUCCUUAUCGACUAGGUAGGGCAAAUCUUAGAUGGAAGUGGUUGGCGCGUUAGUUGUUUUCACGAUGUUCUGGUUUAAAUUCUGUUUCUAUUCUCGGGCAAUUGAUUUAAUUGAUGUUUUGCCUUUAUCUGAUCCCUACUGUUAAUUGUUUCCCUGCCUUGACUAGAUGUGUUUUCUUCUCUUGAUUCUAUGAUGUCCUUAUGAUUUCAUGUCACGAGAAAGAUGUGUGGGAUAGGAGUGGUUGAACAAGAUGGACAUGUUUGAUUGCCAGUUUGAUUGUUGAAGUUUCGAUCUUUAUGGUGAUUGAUUGGUUGUUGUUGUAUCUAUUUUCGGCAAUUAUUUGUGUUCACAUCUUAUCUAGAUGAUGUAGAUCGGAUAGUGGAUUGGAGUUCACCCUUCGUUUUUUAUUUAUCUGGUCCAUCACAUCUAUGCUCGGUUUGUACUUUCGGAAAUUGUUUAUUUAUCUUUGUCCGCUGUUGAAGAUCUCUACCCUGCUGUUGGUCUGAUGCUGGUCGGAUGAUACACGCUCACCUGCAACAAUUUGGUUAUUUACAGUUCUUUAGUUAUUUACAGUGAAGCAUUGGACAUUCAUCGUUCUAACAAUGUAGAUAUUCCAAUUUAUAUUUUAAAAUCUGAAGGGCACUAUUUAAUUUUAUCUUGGAUCAUAUAUGCCUAGGUUCUGAUGAGUAAUAGAUGUGGGACAGAUCAUUGGUUUGACAGUUUGACUUUGCUUGCAAUACUUUGGAUUCAUCUGGGUUAGCAGGUUGAUGUGUUUUUUAUCCUGUUAUUGGACUUAAUGUCAUUCAUGGCAAGAAUUUUGUGAAUUAGGGUGGUUGUAUAAGAUGGCUUGGUUUGAUGUCAAGACGCCUAUUGCUAAUAAUUCAGGAAGUUCUGCACUGAUUAUGGCGAUAUUAGAAAUGGAUUCGACAAAAACUAUGCACAAUAUCAGAUGUGUUCGCUUCGUCUUGACCACCUCUCAUAAUCUAUAAAUACCACGACCCUUAUAAUCGUGAUAGAAUUUUUUAGUCCUGAUCAGAUGCUAAUUUUCGAAUCAACCCUCCUCCUUAUUGACUUGUCGAAGUGGCACAGAUCAACAUGCAUAUGGAGGUUAUGGAGCUCUCUUUCCAAGAUAUCCCGUCUGACCCACAAGGUAGAAGGUAAUAUUGAGUUAGUGUUCUCACUCCGCAGUCCGUACAAAGAGAAUAGUAGUCUUAUUUUCUUCAUUCAAAACAUUUGAAAAUCUCACCACAUCUAGCUACUGUAAUGGUCUAGACGCCAAAGCUUCUCUCGAUGGCUUUUGUUAAACAAAAUACUGGAACCAAGAUUUUUUCCCUGGUAAGAUUGUGUGGAUGUGUUGUUUGGUUGCGGGAACUUGUAGCUCUCUGUUUGUAGAUGUAGGCUCACACAGGUGAUUCGAUGUCAAGUACAAGGUUCUCGACAAGUACAAGGUCCAUUCUGGAUUUUAUAUUUCUUGCUGAAGAACAGGUAGAUCUAUUUUUCUGCCUUCGUAUAUUGGUGCAGGUGAUUCCUUAACAUCAUUCACAUGUUCAAAUCGUGAGCUUUACUACCUUAAAAGAUUUCAUUGGUCAAUUUUUAAAAUAAAAUAAUAUAGUCUAGUUACCUUCCUUUUCUCCUUUUGUAGAAAACUAUUCAUUUAGUAUUUAAAUACUACUCCGUAAUUCAUUUAGUGUUUUUUAUCAUGUUAUUGGACUUGAUGGCUUGGUUUGAUGUCAAGACGCCUAUUGCUAAUAAUUCAGGAAGUUCUGCACUGAUUAUGGCGAUAGUAGAAAUGGAUUCGACAUAAAGUAUGCACAAUAUCAGAUGUGUUCGCUUCUUCUUGACCACCUCUCAUAAUCUAUAAAUACCAUGACCCUUAUAAUUGUGAUAGAAUUUUGUAGUCCUGAUCAGAUGCUAAUUUUCCAAUCAAGCCUCCGCCUUAUUGACUUGUAGAAGUGGCACAGAUCAACAUGCAUAUGGAGGUUAUGGAGCUCUCUUUCCAAGAUAUCCCGUCUGAUCCACAAGGUAGAAGGCUCUGAUGACUUAUAGAAGUGGUGCAUGCAGUUCAUAGAUUUGACUUUGAUUGCGAGAUUUCAAUAGUCAAGGAAGGAGAUGCUGGAAGUGUAGGUAUUGGAAAUGUUCUGAUUGAGUCACAAACAUUACAUGUGAUGCUGGAAGUAGAUUUAUUGAAAACACAGAAAAUUUGUCAAGUUUUAUGCGCUACGAACAGGUGAACCACAACGAAAACAUAGACCGUCUUUUUUGUCAACAAUAGAAGGAAGGGGGACUAGCUUCAGUGUUGAGAAAGUAACAUGCGGAUCAACAUGCAUAUGGAGGUUAUGGAGCUCUCUUUUUGAGACGCCCUCUUUGACCAGCGAGUUAGAAGGCUGUGCAAGUUGGUCCGACUUGAUAUCAGACAUGUCAACAAUUUUGUGAAUCGAAUGGUCAAAUCAGAUGGCUUAUUUUGAUUUCAGAUGACUUAUAGAAGCGGUGCAUGCAGAUCAUAGAUUUGACUUCGGUUGCAAGAUCGUAAAAGUCAAUGUGGAAGUGGAGUUACUAAAAAUGUUUUGAUUUUGUCUCAAACUUUACAUGUGAUGCUCGAAGUAGAUGUAUUGAAAAUGCACGGAAACCUUGUCAAAUUUUAUGCCCAAUGCACUGUUAAUUACAGCAAAUUAAGACUUAGAGAAGGC